AUGGAUGCGAAUGAAGAGAUUCGGGGAAAUGCUCUGGAGAAUGAGACCCAGCAGGGCCAGAGCCGACAGAAUGAGAGUUCAAUUCAACAAGAUUCAAAUGACGGGAACGAGAAUCAGAUUUCAACUGAAACCCUAAACGAAGAGAGUAAAGAUGAACAGAACUCGGAUGAGAAUUCGAACAAGAAGCUCCAAGACCAGACAAAUCUCUUACCCGUCAAGCAGCUCUUAAUUGUCUUUACUGGCCUCAGCUGUGCAUUGUUCUGUUCACUCCUCGACCAGACAAUAGUCUCAACUGCCCUGCCCACUCUUGGGCGCGUCUUUCACUCGGCCUCGAUCGAGUCAUGGGUAGGCACGGCGUACCUCCUGACGUCGACCUCUUGUCAACCACUGUACGGCCGCUUAUCCGACAUCUUCGGCCGCAAGAUGGUGUUGCUGGGGAGCAUGGCUUUCUUCCUCUUGGGCUCUAUCCUUUGCGCUGUUUCACAGAGCAUGAUCAUGCUUAUCAUAUUCAGGGCCGUGUCUGGCAUUGGCGGCGGAGGCAUCAUGACGAGCGUGAUGAUUGUGACGUCGGAUGUGGUCUCGCUGAAACGACGGGGAACAUACCAGGGCAUCAUCGGGAUGGUGGUUGCUGCCUCCAACUCGGUUGGGCCAUUACUUGGUGGUGUGUUCACUGAGAGUGUGUCUUGGCGAUGGUGUUUUUAUAUCAACAUCCCCCUUACAAGCAUGGCUAUUUUGAUUGUCGCCCUGGUCCUUCCUCUGAAACGGGUCAAAGGAGAGGUCAAGCAGAAGCUGAUGCAGAUCGACUAUCUCGGCUCCCUUCUCAUGAUCUCCUCUUCCGUUCUCAUCCUUCUUCCCCUUUCCUGGGGCGGAACCGAAUACCCGUGGGCUUCUGCCGGCGUUAUUGUCCCCCUCGUUCUUGGCACGAUCCUGGCCGGUCUCUUUAUAUAUGUCGAACACAAGGUCGACUUGCCUCUGAUCCCAAUGCACAUCUUCAAGAACUCGACCGUUGCCAGUGCCUUGGCGGGUGCCUUUUUUACCGGCUUCAUGUUCUAUUGCAAUCUAUACUAUCUCCCCCAAUUCUACCAGGUUGUGAGGUCUGCCUCCCCCAUCCGCUCGGGCGUGAUGCUCCUCCCCCUCGUCGUCACCCAAUGCGUUGUCUCCUUCACGGCGGGCUUCCUCGUCUCCAAGACGGGCAACUACCAGGUCAACAUCUGGGCCGGGUUUGCCAUUUGGGCCAUCGCCUGCGGUCUUCUGUCUACCAUCUCUCCGACCAUCCCCGACGCCAACCUUAUCGGCUACCAGAUUCUCAGCGGGAUCGGCUCCGGCCAGACCUUUCAGACCAGUCUAGUCGCCAUCCAGGCCAGCGUCAAACGCAGCGAGAUGGCCGUAGCGACAGGGACCAGGAAUUUCCUGCGUUUAUUGGGCGGGACCAUCGCUCUGGCUGUCUGUGCUGCCAUCCUCAACAACACAGUGAGGACCUCCCUCGGUAUGCUGUCUGCGGAACAGAUCUCCGAGAUCAUCGCCGAUCCCACCCAGAUAACCUCUAUGGACCUGACGGCGGAAGAGAGAUCAGCCGCCAUACUCGCCUAUACCCAUGGAAUCCGCAAUAUCUACUACUUUAUGAUCCCCCUCUGCUGCAUCUCCUUCUUCCUCACCCUCUUCUUCGUCAAGGGAACCAGUCUCCGGCGCGAAGAUGACGCCAGGCUGCAGGAAGAGGGCAAGCAGUGGGCUGCCAGACAUCGCGGAUUGCAUGUCUUGAAGAAGUGA